AUGGACUCGCCGCCGAUCCCAGGCGAGCUGCUGGCGGACAUAUUCCUCCGCCUCCCCGACCCUGCCGAUCUCGUGCGCGUCUCCGCCGGCUGCACCUCCUUUCGCCACCUGAUCGCCGACCGCUCCUUCCUCCGGCGCUACCGCAGGCUCCACGCUCCGCCCUUCCUCGGCUUCCUCGACUACAAUCGAGUUUUCCACGCCGUCGUCACGCCACACCCCUCCGCGUCGGCAGCCGGCGCCGUCGCCCUUGCCGCCGACUUCUCCUUCUCCUUCCUACCCGGCCCCGCCUCCGACUGGGCGGUCCAGGACGUCCGCGACGGCCGGGUCCUCCUCGAAAGACACCCCAAGUUCGAAGUCAUCUUCAGGGAGGUGAUAGUGUGCGACCCCUUACAUCGACGGUACCUCCUGCUCCCCCCAAUCCCUGGUGACCUAGCCGAGUCCGUGGACAGCGCACUCUGGACAAAACCGCAGACCUUCCUCGCUCCCUCUGAAGAUGAAGAAGAGGCGUCAUUCAGCGUGAUCUCGAUGGUGCAGUGCCUAACUAAGCUGUUCGCCUUUGCCUUCUUUUCCAACACCGGACAAUGGCGAACCAUUUCAUCCCAGAGCUGGAGCAAUUUGUUUGCUGGCUUGCCAUCAUUAGCAGGGAUGACUUUCUUCUCCAGACGCGAAUACGCGUAUGGGUUGUUCUAUUGGGUGGCUAGUUCGAGGGAAAAGUUGCUGGUGCUUGACUCCCAGAGUAUGGAGUUCUCCAUUGUUGAACACCCACCUGAAGCCAGAGGUAUUCCUGGUGGGGAUAUAGCCAUUGUGGAGGCAGGGGAUGGCAGGCCUGGGAUGUUUGUGCGUGCAGAAGAAACAAAUUACCUCAACUAUGCCAUUAGGCGAAACGACUUUGGGAGUUCCAGCAAGUGGCAGUUGGACAAGAAAAUCCCGCUGGAUUCCGGAUUCUCAGUCUUUCAAGGACUUCUGACGUUUAUUCUUUUUCACCCUGUCAUGCCGCAUGUGAACACGGUAACUAAUGGUAUUAUCAGUGGACCGGUUUUGGAAACAGGGCUGAGAACGAGACGCUGGAACAAGGCUUUGCUGCAAGAUCAAGCGCACAGUCAGCACGGUCAGAGUAAUGCUGAUGCGGAUUCUGGAGGUCAGGUGGUGUCGAGGAUUAGAGAUGCUGGUGAUGUUGUGACACAACUCAGACAAUAA